AGAGAGGCUCUAAUUCUAUCCUCAUCCCUCUCUCAAUGCUUGCAUGUGCUUACACACACUCUCUACCUCUCUAGCAGCAGCAACCAAUAUGGAUAUGGGGGGAAGGACUAGUACUAGUACUGGCAAGGAGCAGAGAACCCAGAGAUGAGUGCCUCCGUUUCCAUCACUGCCCUCAUUGCCUCUAACUCCGCCGCCGCUGCCGCCACCACCAGCAACCUCCACCGCAAAACUACUAAUGCAGCUAAAUCAACAAUUUUCACCUCCACCUCCAAUACCAAGCCUCAUUUUACUGCCUCCUCUUCCUCCUCCUCCCAUUACCACCAUCCUUUCAUACUGCGAGGGAUCUAUCGGCAGAAGCAAAGAAGAAGCAGCGUUUGAAGAAUCAUGGCUUCAGGGCGGUCGAUCUGAGAUGGCAGACGAUCAAUUGGAGAAGGGCAGAGAAAUCGUCACGCAUUUCCUUAUUCAUGUUUGUGUUAUGUAUGGGCUGGGUUUCGCACUUCUUGUGACAAAUGAUCCGACUAGCAGUAGUAGUACUAGUGAAUCAGAAUUGUCAGCGACGGAUGAAAGAACAGUGGCUGAUAGAAUUGUUGAUGGAUUGAACUUUGGGGAGCUAUGCAAUGAGUUUGAGUGCAUUAGUAGCCCCUUGGUGGAGUCUACAGCUCGACAACUUGUACGCGAUAUCCUUGAGCUACGAGAAGGCAAUCGCGCCCUUGGAACCUUCGCUGUUUCUGUUAAAUACAAGGAUCCAGUUCGAAGUUUUAGCGGCCGUGAUAAGUACAAGAGACCGCUAUGGAUAACCAGUGCACUAGAAAAGCCCUCUGUCAGUGUGCAAGAAAUGAGCAUGUUAUCAACGAGUGUCCUAAGUAUCAAGUGGACGAUCAAAGGGAAGGCGAAGAACAUUAUAGGAGGAGACUUGAUCGUAAGAAUAAAUUCCCAGUUCACUCUAAACCAGAUAAGUGGACAAGUCAUUGAACAUGAAGAGUUUUGGGAUUUAUCAGCUUCCUCGGCCAUUGCGAAAGCAUAUUUCUGGACAUCACGCCGUCUUUAUGCAACAAUCGAGGGUGGAAAAGACUUGGCUGAUCUUGCUAAAACCAUUUCCAGUAAGUUCCCCAGAGAAAAACAGAAUACAGAAAUUUAUCCAGACCCUUCAGGCGAUCCAACUAAGUUCUUUCAAAGGGAUGACGGUUUCCAGAGAGAUGUAUACCAAAUUGGACUGUUUCUGGCACUGGUUUAUUUUGUUGUACAGCUUUUGAGGACAACCUUGUAAUGUAAAGGCUCCCUCAGGAGAGAUUCUCUCAUGCAAACAAGUUUUAGUCGCAGUAGC